AUGGAGUUGGAGGAUGCUGAGGUGAUGGAAGACCAAGUUUCUGAAGAGAAAAUGCUGUCUGAGGACCAAGACUUUGGUGAUGGAACAGACUACAGAACUGUAAUAAAGAAAAAUUGUGUUGCAUGGGAUAAGAACUCUUUGUCUGGAGAAUCUGCAACUUUAUAUCAGGGAAUUAUUCAGAAAGAACAAAAGCUGUUGGAGAAUGUAUUUGAUAUGGAUAUCAACACUUACAAGAUGCGACAAACAGUCAUCCUUUAUGGAGCUGCUGGAGUUGGAAAGACAACACUGUUGAGAAAGGCAAUGUUAGAAUGGGCAGAUGGCAAUCUCUUCAAGAAGUUUGCCUAUGUUUUUUAUCUCAGUGGGAGAGAAAUUAGUCAAAUGAAGGAGAAAAGCUUUGCUCAGUUAAUAUUCAAGAACUGGCCUAGUUCUGAAGUCCCCACUGAACAGAUCCUGUCCGAGUCCAGAAAUCUCCUUUUCCUGAUUGAUAGUUUUGAUGAGCUGGACUUCUCAUUUGAAGAGCCAGAGUUUGCACUAUGUAAUGACUGGACCCAGGAGCACCCAGUGUCCUUUCUUAUUAGUAGUUUGCUGAGGGAAGUGAUGUUUCCUCAAUCAUUCUUGUUAGUAACAGCAAGAUCCACAGCAUGGAAGAAACUGACGCCCUUGUUACAUAAACCUCAUUGCGUAGAGCUGCCGGGGCUGUCUGAGAAUGCAAGGAUGGACUACAUUCAGCAUUUCUUUCUGAACGAUAAGAAAUGAGCUAAAGGUGCGAUCUCAAUAAGGAAGAAUCCACGACUUUUCAACAUGUGCCGUGUCUGCCAAGUGUGCUGGGUGGUCUGUACUUGUCUGAAGCAGCAAGUGGAGAAAGGUGGCAAUAUUGCAAUGACCUGCCAAACCACCACAGCUCUGUUCACAUGCUAUGUCUGCAGCUUAUUUUCACGAACAGAUGGGAGCUCUGUUACUCUGCCCAAUGAAACCCUACUGAGGAGCCUGUGCCAGGCAGCUGCUGAAGGUAUUUGGACUAUGAAGCAUAUACUCUACAAGAGAAAUCUCAGAAAACAUGAGUUGACCAGAGAUGACAUCUCAGUCUUCUUGAAUGCGAAGGGUCUUCAGGAGGACACCGAGUAUGAGAACUGCUAUGUGUUCACUCACCUCCAAAUUCAGAAGUUUUUUUUUUUUGGAGCUUUGUUCUACUUGCUAAGAGAGUAUCCAGAAGAAAAAGAUUAUCCCCUCAAACCUUUUGAAAGCUUGUAUCUUUUACUUGAAAGCAACCAUUCUGAGGACCCUCAUUUGGAACAGAUGAAAUGCUUUUUGUUCGGACUACUGAAUAAAGAGCAAGCAGGGCACCUGGAAGAAACGUUAGAAAUGGAUCUAUAUGAAAGCAUCCUUGAUGAAGCAUUGGCGAAGAUUAUAAAUGAAGAAUUAAGUCACCCGAAGUGCAAACUACAAAAACUACAGUAA